AUGGAGGCAGCGGGCGCGUACGGCGCCGCGAAGGCCGGGAGCGUCGCCUUCGAUCCGGUCGCCUUCUUCACGCAUCCCCGGACCAUCCUCAGACUGCUGUCGUGGGUUUUCUCCAUGGUGGUGUUCAGCUGCAUCGUGAACGAGGGCUACAUCAACAUCGGCAGCGAGCGUUUGCUCUGCGUCUUCAACAACAACGCUGACGCCUGUAACUACGGUGUCACUGUUGGCGUGGCCUGUUUCCUUGGCAGCAUCUGUUUCCUGAUCCUGGACGUUUACUUUCCCACCAUCAGCAGCGUCAGGGACAGAAGACGAGCUGUCCUGCUGGACCUUGUCUUUUCUGGUCUCGCCAGCUUCCUGUGGUUCGUUGGCUUCUGUUUUCUGGCCAAUCAGUGGCAGGCGACCUCUCCAGACGAGCUCCCAUUGGCCCAGGGCUCCGAUGCUGCCAGAGCCACCAUCGCUUUCUGCUUCUUCUCCAUCCUCACCUGGGCUGUACUGACGCUGAGUGCAUUGCGACGCUUCUUAACCGGCAGCAACACAAACUUGUUCACAUGGCAACACCUGGACCCUGCCCCCAGCAACGCUCGAGCUACACCAUACCCCAUUGCGAACGGUGCUACCAUAGUAACCACCAACCCCUAUCAAGCCCCGCCUUUCACUGAAACCCUGGACCCCCAGAAACUCACACAGCAGAGACCCAUGGCUCCAGCUUUCUAA